AUGACUUCCUCUAACGACCUCCUGACGGCUGCCGGUCGUCGGGCAACAUUCGAUGUCGCGCAUCUAUCGAGUUCUGGGGAAGAGUUGACCUGGCCAUAUACUGCUCCCUCGCCAGACGAGCUUGCUCAUGCCGGAUUCUACUACACGCCUACGGCUCUCAGCCCGGACAACACUACCUGUUUUCUUUGCGAACGAUCCCUCGAUGGCUGGGAAGAGGGAGACGACCCCUUUGCAGAGCACCUUCACUUUUCCCCCGAAUGCGGAUGGGCGAUUAUUAUGAGUAUAGCUCAAAAGACCUCGGAUCCUGCGCAGAUCGAAGACCCAACCAGCGCAAAGAUCGUGGAUGCUCGAAGGGCUACAUUCUUCUCUUGGCCACACGAUGGCAAGCGAGGAUGGUUGAAGCAGGGUGGUAUUUUUGCCCGAAUGAAGAGAGUGAUGAUUUGGUCAGCUGUCCCUACUGCAAACUCUCCUUGGAUGGAUGGGAGCCAAAAGAUAAUCCUUUGUACGUCAAAAGACUACUCUGUUCCACUGUUGGUCAGAUAUGCUAAUCUCCGAAUUAGUGAUGAACAUUAUCGUCGCUCGUCUGACUGCUCUUUUUUUGAAUUCGCAAAACUACCAAAAAAGUCGAGCAAGUCAAGUCGCGGGAAGGCAGUACGUGGCUCGAAAGCUUCACGCCUAUCGACACAAUCCAAUGCUACCACCGUCUCGGAAGCACCAACUGUCGAUUUUGAUGAUACCAUGGAUCAGAGCAUCAUGUCUCAGGGCGGAACUCGGACUGUAAAGGCACCAAAAAAGACAACCAAAUCAAAAGCUAGAAGCGCUAAAUCUAAAAAGGAUGAAGAGGUAGAUAUACCAAGCCAAUUGGAUAUUGGUGAACAGCAUGAUAGAGAAGCCCUAACCCCACAAGGAAAUCCUUCGCGGGGAAUAAAAAGAAAGAGUGAGGCAAUCGGCGGGACAGAGGGAAAUAAUUCGGAAGAUGACCACCAGCCCCAUCCAGAGCAAAAGCCCAGGAAGAAGCGCGCUACAGCAACACGGACAAAAAAGGCCCAACGUACUACAAGCUCAACUGUCGAUUAUGCGGAGCCUACAGAUGAUGAAUUGGGGUUGGAAACAGCACCUAAACCGAAAAGGGGGCGUAAGAAAGGAAGUACUAGCAGAGUACGAAAGUCGUCCAUCGCUUCCAAUAUCUCUGCCGCCCCAUCAACGGCUCAGAUUCCCAAUGAUGCGCAGAUCGAUGCAGAGCUGGAAGCUGACCUCUACAAAGACCUUUCAACAGAAGGCAUAGCUAGUAAAACAGUUGAAAAGGCUCCUAGCAAGCAGCGCGUUUCGUCCGUUUCUAUCGCAUCUGGACACCGGAAAGUUAGCCUGAAAGAUGAAGACCUUGAAGAACUACCUAAGCCGGAGGUGCAAAAGAAAAAUACGAAAAAGAAGGCUACAAAGAAGCACACAUCUACUUCAACUGUUGACAGGCUACCGGCGAGCGAGCUUGACCAGAUGAACUCAGAGGCGGAUGUGGACAUGGAUGAGCCUGUCGUAUCAAUACCAAUUCAGACCCAAGAUGCCGGCAAGGCACAAAGUGAAGAACCAGCUUUACAGCCUAAAAAGACAAAGCAAAGCAAGAAGAUAAAAACCACGACGGGUACUACAAAAGGGCGAAAGAAAAGGGCAGACAGUAACGACGUCAAUGACAUCGAUCCUUCUGAAAUGUCUGCACCAACUGAAAAUACAGCAUCGAAUAGAGAGGAACCAAUGCCUCGGUUGUCUAAUGGUGGGAAUAGUAAUAACAACAGGGAAGCAGAUAUAGCCGAGAGGGCAAAAGGCCGUGGCUCCAGCAGUCAAAACCCUGAUAGUGAGACUCAGCAUCGAAAGAAGCGUGGUUCAACGCAAGAGGAGCCUAUCACUCGCCGUCCAUCUAAACAGAUACAGCAGGCCCAAGCAAGCCCUCCUACUCUGGACCCUUCAACAAACUUAUCGCCCCGUGAAUGCACUCCCGUAUCGUCUCCUCGGUCAUCCGAUGCAGAAAACCAACCCCCUUCAAGUAAACCCUUAACGAUAUCAAAAACACAGCCCCAUACGGCUUCACAGCCAACUAAGGCGCCCUUAGCCACAAAGACCCCUAUUUUAUCUCCCUCAAAGGGUGAACCGCGCUCAAGGCAGCUUACCACAGCCGAUCCUUGGGAACCUGUUGACCUAGAUGAAGCAUUUCUCCCAGACUCAACAGAAAAAGAGAACGUGUCACUGACCGACAUUUUGCAUGCUGCGAAGGACGGAAUCACUAGCCCUGAGAAGCGGAUGAGUAUCGAAGAGUGGAUAUUCUGGAACGCAGAGAAGGGUGAGGAAAAAUUGCGCAAUGAAUGCGAGCGAGUGGUUGGUAUCUUUGAAAGGGAAGGCGGACGAGCAAUGCAUGCACUGAAUGGUAUCGAGUGCAUAGAUUAG